AUGAAGCGGGAAAAUUUCCACCGAGCCAGCGCGCCGUUUGCACGCGGAAGACAUCGGCGCGGUGGCCGCGUGCGUUUCAAACGAAUUGGGCGCGUAUUUCGAGUGGCGUUGGGCUCAAAAUUGGGCGGGGCGGAUUUUACGAGCGUCCCCGUCCCUUACCCCCGCGUUCGCAGCGAAGAGGCCGGGGCGAACGCAUUAUGGGUUAUGAAA